AUGCGGCACAACAAUUUUGGUGGCCAUAUCUGCGGCUGUCACUACACCAUCAACAUCAGUCAUUGGAAGGUUAAGCGGUACUACUUACCUCAAGUCAAGCUCGAGUCGCACACGACCAUCACCCCGGUGUCCUUCACGACCAAGCUGACGCAGACAUAUCACAACCCCGAGGACAAGAAGCUCGACCAAGUGCGGUAUACCUUUCCGCUAUACGACGGCGUAGCAGUGCAUGACUACACCAUUCGUUAUGCCGACAAGAUCUUGAAAGGGAUUGUCAAACAAAAAGACGUCGCAAAGAAGACCUACGACGCCGCCAUUGAACGAGGCGAAACGGCUGGCUUGCUCGAGUCACUGCCCGCUGGCGUAUUUGGUGUCACCCUUGGCAAUGUCCCCACCAAGACCGACAUCAUCGUCGAGAUUACUUACUGCGGCGAGCUGAAGCACGACGCGGAGAUCGAUGGGCUACGCUAUACGCUUCCCACCAGCAUCGCGCCGAGAUACGGAAGCUAUCCUGGCGAGGUGCUGAACAGUAACACGACAGCGAAAGGCGGGAUCAGUAUCAAGGUUGAUAUCGACAUGGCUUCUUCCGCUAUACGCAAGAUUCAGAGUCCUAGCCACCCGAUCGCAGUCUCCAUGGGCGCAACGUCGACGACUGCGAACGCAGAGCAGGCGCCUUUCACGCCUGAUCAAGCUUCAGCAACGCUUACUCUUGGCUCAGCAGAGCUUGCCGGCGACUUCGUCCUACAGAUGUUGGUUGACAACAUCAGUGAACCGAAGGCUAUCCUCGAGGCACACCCCAGUCUUCCCAACCAGCGCGCCAUAAUGGCCACACUCGUACCGAAGUUCACCCUCAAGCCCAGCCACCCCGAGAUCGUCUUCAUUGCCGACCAAUCCGGCUCCAUGCGGGGCAGCAAGAACACGGCGCUUGUCAACGCGCUUCAGAUCUUCAUCAAGUCGCUGCCGCUGGGCGUCCGUUUCAACAUCAUUGCCUUCGGCAACAACUUCACGUCACUUUGGCCGAGUAGCCAAGCUUACAACGAAACGAGUGUCGACAAAGCUAUUGCAUUUGUCAACGGAUUCACGGCGAGUUAUGGCGGGACUGAGAUCUUAAAGCCCGUCAAAGCCGCCUUCGAGCAGAGAUUGAAGGAUCUGCCGCUAGAAGUUAUGCUGCUUACUGACGGCGAAGUCUGGCAGGAGAACAGCGUGUUCAGCUUCAUCAACGAGCAAGUUCACGACAAGAAGAUUGAUGCGCGGGUCUUCGCCUUGGGUAUCGGCUCCCACGUCAGUCAUACUCUGGUCGAGGGCGUGGCACGGGCGGGUAAUGGCUUUGCGCAGUUCGUGCAGCAGGACGAGGAGACAGAUCGCAAGGUCAUGAGAAUGUUGAAGGGGGCGCUGUAUGCUCAUACCAGGGACUACAAGCUUGAGGUGCAUUACGCCGACAGGGGUGAGAAGGAGGCCAGAGCGAAGGUUGUGGACCUGGAGGCCGACGAUGAAGACUUUGAAAUUGUGGAGAAAGUAGAAGACUGUCUAAAACUGAACGACGACCAGCCGCCUGCGUACGAAGCCGAGAAGGCCAAGAUCGGUCAGCAGCCAACAGCCAGGUCUUUCUUCGACCAGUCCGCCGACCUCGACAAGUCCGUCAAGGACAACAAGCCGGAUGCGGACCGCUACGCUCAUCUCCCACCCAUCGCCACCCCAAAACUCCUCCAAGCACCCACCGACAUUCCACCCCUAUUCCCCUUCAACCGCACGACCGUCUACCUCCUCCUUGGCCCGGACUCCGCGCACAAAGAAGUCUCAUCCAUCACCCUCCGCGCAACAAGCGACGACGGCCCGCUCGAGCUCACUGUGCCUAUCAAAUCAGUCGAUUGCCACAGCGUGCCUACUAUCCACCAGCUCGCCGCACGCAAAGCCAUGCAGGACCUGGAGGAAGGUCGCGGAUGGCUGCAGACUGCCGCUUUGGCGGAUGGUGCCGCGCUAAAGACGAAGAAUGCGAGCCGCUUUGAUGAGAUGGUCGAGCGUGAGGCGGUCAGAUUGGGCGAGAAGUUUCAGGUCGUGGGUAAGUGGACCAGUUUCGUCGCUGUUGAGGCCAACUCGGGCGACGUGCUGAAGAGGAGAGCGGAGCCGGAGUGGGAUGAUGAUAUUGAUACGGGAAUCACUCCGGAGAGGCUUAGCGCUCCCAUGGCUAUGAUGACUGCCGCUCACGCUCCGAUGUCGAGGAUGAGGAUGGCUUCCGCAGCGGCUCCGGCGCCUGCACCGCAGGCUCCUGCCGCCACGUCGCGAAAGUUCAAGCUCGUGGUCUCUAAAUCCCAGCCAGCAAAUCAGCCAGCAGAGCUGGAAGAAAUGGUAAGCCAAGAGUACAGCGCCAACGCUGCGGCAAUGGCAGCACCGCGCAGCUUUGCUCCCCCAGCGGGUCUUGCUCGCCCCGUCUCUACUGCGUCUCCGAUGCAGAGGCUCAUUUCACUACAAACAUUCGCCGGCUCAUGGGCUUUCACUUCAGCUCUGCUUGACGCUAUCGGAAAGCCGGGUCUUCUCAAGGGUAGUAUUCAUGGCUACGGCGAGAGCAUGAGCGACGAGGCCAAAGCGACGUUGCUGGCGAUUGCCUUCUUCGAGUCUAAACUGCCGUCGGAGAAGGAUGUGUGGGAGAUGGUUGUCGAGAAGGGGAGGAGGUGGCUGAUGCAGCACGGUGUCUUGGUAGGACCCGAGUUGGAGAAGAUGGUACAGGAAGUGAAGAAGUUGUUGUAG